AUGGCCCAGCGAUUAGGUGGUUUUCCAGUCCCUGAGGGUUCUCCUAGACCUGUGGUGGUUGUUAAUCAUGCUGUGGGUGUUGAGUCUGCCAAGGCUCGAUCUUUAGGAGAUUCUAGUAAGAAGAGGCCGCGUCAUCAUGGUGGUUAUAGUGGUUUUAGCUACAGGGCUGGGGCCCAAGGCGGUGCUCAGUCAGGCUACGGUGGAUCUCAUCAGUCCAGGGGUGGACACCAGUCAGGUAGAGGCGGUUCUCAAGCCUCCAGAGGAGGGGCACAGUCGGGUCAGAGUGGCCACGGUGGUGGUCUUUGGUAUUCUUUUUUGGGUAGACCCGAGGCUGAGGCCUCUAAUGCUGUGAUCUCAGGUAAUGUUUCUGUUGAUCAUCGACCUUCUUCUGUCUUGUUUGAUCCAGGGACUUUCUCUUAUGUAUCUACCUAUUAUUCUGUUGGUUGGGAUUUGACUAGUGACCGUCUUGAUGUGCCUGUUCAUUUAUCUACUCUGUCUAAGCAAUUGGACUAA